AGCGCAGGCGGGUCCAUCCACCGUUCCCCGACCGCCAUGUCCGACGAACCCGCGCCCGAGGAGACUCCCGCCGAGGAGCCCGCCGCCGAGGAGCCCGCCGCCGAGGAGGCUCCCGCGCCCGAGGGCGACGCGCCGGCCGAGGAGGAGGCUGCCCCCGCUGAGGAGGAUGCCGCGCCAGCCGAGGAGGAGGCCGCGCCAGCGGAGGAGGAGGCCGCGCCCGCCGAGGAGGAGACCGCGCCCGCCGAGGAGGAGACCGCGCCCGCGGAAGAGGAGGCCGCGCCCGCGGAGGAGGAUGCCGCGCCCGCUGAGGAGGAUGCCGCGCCCGCGGAGGAGGAGGCCGCGCCCGCGGAGGAGGAUGCCCCGGCCCCGGCUGCGGAGGAGCCCCCCGCCGAGCCGGAGCCCCCCGCCGAGCCCGAGCCCGAGGCGCCCGCCCUCGCCCCCGAGCCCGAGCCCGAGCCCGAGGCGACCGAUGCGAUGGAGCCCGAUCGCGAACCCGCCGCGCCGGACCCCCCGCGCUACUCGCGCAGCAAGGAGAACGACCACCCCAACCCCAACGGCGCCACCGCCGCGUCUGCCGAUUCCCUCCUCUCCAAGCGCCAGCCCGUGCACGCCUACCUCGCGCAGAACAUCCAGCUCGCGGUGCGCCACGCCCUCCGCGCGCUCUCCUCGCAGCGUCCGGAGGAACCCUUCGUGCUCGCCGCCGACGUCAUCCGCAGGUGGACCCCCGAGUCGCAACCGCCGCGGCUCUCCCGCCCCGCCGGCGGCGUCGCCGUGGGCGCUCGAUCGUACCUCGAGGACACCGGCGUCCUUGCCGUGCUUCACGACGGGAUGUGCGCGAUGGCCAAGGUUCGACCUGCGGACCCGAGGCAGUUCAUCGCGGACUACCUCCUGGACCACGCGCCGGUGCCGGAUUACGUCAAGGCGAUGGACUCGUUUGACGCAGACGCGGUUGGAUCGAAGAUGGACGAGCUUCACAAGGGAGCCAGGGAGGCUCUCUCGAACAAGGUGGAGUGAGUGAACGGUCGGGGGGGCGACGUCGGUGGGACGGCGCGAGGGCGAUGCGACUGAGGGGUUCGGCGACGGCCGCGAGGGGUAGAUACGGGGAUGCGCACGAUAGCCGGGACAUCGCGUUGUACAUGUUGACGAGCUGCG